AUGAGCAAACCACUGAGAGGCACACAAAUUAGGCAUUGCAAGCACGAACUUAUAGAAGAGGAGGAAGUAGUGGUAAAAGCUACAACAAAACAUGAGGUAGGGGUAGAGAUCCAAGAUCGAAUGCUGGAAAGGCUCCUCAAUAGCAAGAACCUGAAAAACAUGACUCAGAACAACCUGAAUCGUCCAAUGGCACCAACUCAGAAUCAAUCUAAGGGGAGACAAGAUCCAAAAGCAAACUUGGCAAAAGGUGAAGAUGUUGAUGUAGAAGACAACACCUUGUUAUUGAUGAUGACAACAAAUACAGAGGCUGGAAACGAUGAUACUUCGUAUCUUAACUCAGGAUGCUCCAACCAUGUGACUGGACAUAAAGAGUGGCUGGUAAAUUUUGAUAUGAAGAAGAGAAGCAAGGUCAAAUUCGCAGACAAUAGAGUCAUUGAAGCAAAAGGAACUGGUGGCGUGCUUAUCCAAAGGAAAGAUGGAGGCCAGGCCUUGAUAAUAGAAGUUUUGUAUGUUCCCACAAUGAAGAACAAUUUGUUAAGCAUUAGUCAGUUACUGCAGAAAGGAUUCAGCAUGAACCUCCAUGAUGGCACAAUGGAGAUCUUUGACAGAAUGCAGAAGAAAAUAUUGAAGGCCAAAAUCUCAGAGAACAGGACCUUCCAAGUGAAGUUAUGA